CAGGGGAAACAAAUUAGUUGUCUUGUGUUGUUGCAACUAUAGGCAACAAAGGGCCAAACUACACGUUACACAGAAGUCACAACUUCUUAUGAAUGAAAAGCAACUGCAGGAAACUGCAAUCAGGAGCAAAGGGGAUGCUGAACCCCUUCCCUGCUUUUUGUCCAUUAAAAAUUUCCACCAGUCACUUUUUUUUUCCCCACGGAGAAAAAGAUAUAUGUUCCCUUAUCAUUUUCCCCGUGGGAGACAAAACAGCUUCAAGAGUGGAUGUGAAAUCCAAUGUAGCACAAGAGAGCUUCAACUUACUCUUCUCCCCCUGCAGUCUCCUGCUUGCGCUCCCCCAAAAUCUGAUCCGUAAGGUUCGGGGACUGUCCAGAACAGAUUUUGGAGACACAUACGGUUGGAGAAGAAGCUAAACUGGAAGUCCCAUUGCACGUGUUGAUUUCUGUUGGAUGCUGCCCAGCAUUUCUUGAACAGACAAAAAGCAAAAGAUGUCAGGGUUAAGCAGUCACUCUACCACUUCUACUUUUUAUUCAUAAUAUAAAUAAACAGGAAACUGUUUACAUAUUUCCUUUGUAACAUCUAGUCUGUUGCAUACUAUGAAACCAUGUCAAUGAUGCCACUUUGAAAUUCACUAUACCCUAAAGAUUUUUUUUUUGGGGGGGGGUUGUUAAAUAAUCCCAAUCACAGAAACUUUUUUGGUCUACCUUCUUAAAACAAAACAAAACCUAUCCUUUUUUCAAGUGAAUUAGAGUUCUAUAAAAAUUUCCCAACCUCUGCAUGGACAAACACACAGGCUAGCUUACUUGUUUGGGCUUGUGCUGUCUAUUAAGAUAAAGAAAGAAGUAGCAAAUCCAGACACUGCCUUCCUCACUCAAAUUAGCACUAAUAAAUGCCAAUGACUCACAUGAUUUUUACCCUAGCUUUCCUCACUUCUUCCAGGAGAUGCUGUUCCAAUAGGGUGAAUGGAUCACUGCCCCACCAACCUCAGUCUGCCCUCAACUAGCCCCCAACCUGUCUGCCUUCUUUCUUAAAAUUGUCACCUUCCACCCUUAGUCUCUGUGACAUCCUUAUAGAACUCAACGGAGGUGAAGAUGGGUGUAAACCUAGCAUUAGUUCACCCUGCCUUGUUGAUGAAUUUUGGAAGACAGUUGGUAGUUCACCACACCUCAACCAGUGUGAUGUAUCAGACGAGCAUGCAGUGCCCCAGGAGAGCCUUUAGAGAUUAUCUGCUCCCAGCAGAACAGCUUCCUCCAGAGUCCCCAGUUAAGGGGGAAACUCCUCUCCCAUACUGCUCAAAGUAGCAAAGUGAUUGUUGCCUCCAGGGACAAGACAAAGCUAAACACUACUAUCUACUAUAUACUGUCCCUUCUGGUCUUUGAACAGAUCCACAAACACUAUCACCAUGCUAUCUAACACUGCUGUGUAAAAAAACAACCACCAGCCUCUUCCCCUGACUCUCAGAGAUUCAGAGUCAGACCCUAGAACAAGGAUGUAAUGAGAUACAUGCCCUACAGACUAUUAUGUCUGCCUCUACGUUCCUGAACCAAUGGGAGGGUGAAUGAUUCUGCAAGUCAUAAACUCGACCUUGCUGGUGUUGAUAGGGUAACUCAGGGCACCUGGCACUCUUAUCUCAGAGCAUCCAGAAUGCACAGGGGAUGUGCUAACUCAAGACAUGGGUCAAACACUCUGUAAUUUAACCCACUGCUCACAUUACACCAAGAUGCUGGUCAGUGGUUCUGGCUUUGCCUAUCUUUGGCCUUCUCGUCCAAUGGGCACCAGCCACCACUACUUCUGUCCACAUGCAACUUUACACGUUACAUAUGUCUCAAAGCGAGAAGUGCUUACAUACUUCGCAGCUAUUCAACCAAAGCAAAAUAGGAGAGGGUAUACGCUUUACAUCAUGGGGCCGUGGGGCGGAGAGGGUAUUUAACUCUCCAUCCAUAAAUCAGUCUCUAGCUUCCUUUAACCUCUGCUUCACAAACUGAACAUACAAACACAAGUCAAAGCAGGGGUCAGCAACCCAUAGGCCAUAUCUGGCUCACCAAUGCUUUUCUUCCAAUUUGUACAGCAUGUGCUGCUGUCUGAAGGAGAAAUGGGAGGAAAUGCUUCUGACAGGGGAAAGGCUUUGCAAAGUAGGUGUAGCCUAUAAGCCUUCUGCUGCCUUCCUCCAAGUUUAAAAAAACAACAACCUGCCAUACCAGGCUAAAAGUUAGGGUAAAAUAGUCCCACAACCAAAACCAGAUGGCUCAACUCCCACUGAACUUUGACCCAAAUGCAGGGUACUCAGAAAAAGUUGGAGAGCAACACUGCAUGAGCCAGCCAUGCCAAGCUAGAGUUUGUGGCUAACUCUUGCUGGGAACAUAAACCAUGGUCUGAACUUACAAAUCUAUAGGCAAACUGUGGUUUAGAGGCCACUUGAUUGCUACCAUUUUGCAUUUGGCCAGCAUUCCACUUUUUAUGGAGGUACCUGCACAAACUACUUUUCCCGUCACUCAACUUCCGAGUCAGUUUUGAUGAUUUGUCAAUUCAGACAUUAUAUUCAACAACUUUGGAGUUUGUCCUGGCAACCCUAAAUUAUUCUAACUCAACCUUCUCCAACCUGGUGUUAUAUUUUAUCCUAGCAGAUUCCUUCUUAUUUUAACUCUGAUCUUAUUAAGUUUUGCUGGUGUUGUUAAAUGUUAAGAUAUAUUAAACAUGAAACGAUAUAAUUGUAUCAUAUUAAAAUUAUAAACUGACAAGCAACAUUUUUAACGUAUGAGCACACACACACCACUCCAGACCACUAAAAAAAAACCCAACGGGAAACACGUGCCAUAAACUUCUCAAUAAAAACAACAAGGUAAGUUCUGUACGUUACUGUCAAAAGUCUUACUUGUGGUUGGGAAGAUUAGCAACGGAAUUGGGCUCUGCUAUCAUUUUCACUACAUCCUCUCAGCAGCACAGAAAGCAAGUCAUUCUGAUCAGACGCUUCAUCGUGAAAAAGAAUAUUUGCAACAGCAAUUCAAAUUCAUUUUCUUCAGCUCUCUUCAGAACAGCAGAACUGUACAAUUUUUUUUAAAAAGAGCAGACAAUACAUACCAUAAAAUUACAAUAUGAUAUGUUAAUAGCAGCAGUUCAAAAAUAUAACAGUAAAAUUAAAUUUUAGCAACAUGGCUAAGAGGAGAAUCUAAUCGGCAUUACUUACAAUCCCACAAGACAAAAGUCGCUGAAAUAAUAGCAUUUCUGAAGACCAGCCAUCAUUCAACAUGCAGUAUGCAAUCUUUUGUGUUACACAGAAAUCAUUAUUGAAACAUAACCAGAGAUUACACUAUUUCGCAACAUUAUUAGGUCAAUCAUUCAUUAAUUUCAUUUGCAUGCCACUCUCCCACAAGAAAAAUCCUGCUCAAAGCAGCUUACAACAAAGAAAGAGGAAUGCAUUUCUCCCAGGCCUCUGGUUAAGUGGGAGGGUUACUGUUUUUGUUUGAUACUAUGUUAUGCAUUUUUGUGUUCUUAUAUUGUAAACUGCCCCUGUGAUCCUCAGAGGAAGGGCAGCAUAAAAAUUAAAUAAAUAAAUUUUAAAAUUGAGACAAACACUACAGAACAAUUUCAUAGUAACGCAGCAAUAAUUUCAUAACAUAGUGUAUGUUAUAGUAAAACAGUAACAUAGUUUUCUUCAUAGAUACUUUGUGUCUUAAGACAGGAGUGGUAGUACAGUACAGUGGUAUCUCGGGAUGCGAACGGGAUCCGUUCUGGAGCCCCGUUUGCAUCCUGAACAGAACAUAAGACGCGACUGAGCAUCUGCAAGUGUGCAGGUCGCGUUUCGCCGCUUCCGCGCAUGCGUGUGCCAUCAUUUUGACCAUCUGCGCAUGUGCAAGCGGCGAAACCCAGAAGUAAUGUGCUCCGUUACUUCCAGGUUGCCACGAAGCGCAACCCGAAAAUACUUAUCCUGAAGCAUAUUUAUCCCGAAGUAUGACUGUACGAACUUAAUCCGUUCCGGAAGUCCGUUCUUAAACCAAAGCAUUCUUAAACCAAGGUGUGCUUUCCCAUAACAGCGGGGGACUCAAUUUACAAACACUCUCAACAGGAAGCAAAACAUGUUCUGCUUCCGAGGCAAAGUUCACAAACCAAAACACCUACUUCCGGGUUUGCAGUGUUCUUAAUCCAAGUUGCUCAUAAACUAAGCUGUUCUAAGCUGUUGUAGCAUAGCAACUAGGAGACUAGGUUAUGAAUCUGUUCAAAUCUCACUAGGUGAACUCUCUCCCCGCCACCAACCUCCAGCUUUACUUAUCUUUAUUGGGCUGUGUGCAAGCCACACAUUAAAAGGGCAUGACUUCCCCCAAAGUAUCCUGAGAGCUGUAGUUUUCUAAGGAUGUUAUGAAUUACCAGGAUACUUUAAGGAAGUCAGGUGCUUUUACUAUCCCUUCAGGAUUGGCAUGAGAUUAGUGGUUGGGGCCGAAAUUGCGUGCAACCAACCCCACAACCUUGCAUGCACACACAUUGGCAAACAUCCCUCCACAACUGAUCCAGGCAGACCAGCUGUAAUCUGCUUAUUAGCCCCACUGCACACACCAAAUGAGGAAUCAGAUGAAGGAAAGAAAGCUAUUUGUAUCCCGAUCUAGGCACCUCAGCACAUGUCUGCUUUAUUUUUUAUCAUGUUGUUGUUGUUGCUCUUGUUGCCAAAAUGAAUGAGGUCUUGGGCUGCAGAACAAUGUGCUUAAUUAGGCUUCCAAGGUUGCUUAAAAAUAACAACUAAACAAUGUGCAUGAAUGCAGGAAAGCACUAUACAAAGUUCAGUAUUAUUAUUAUUAUUAUGCAUUGAAGUUUCAAGUCACAGGGAGGCCACCUGUGGCAAAACUUUGAUUGGAAUACAUUUGGGACAGACAUAAGAAAAUGUUUCUUCACAUAGGGUGUAAUCAAGGAACCACAUGUACACCACCCUGUGUUCCAUUACGGAAGAAAGGUGCUUAAUACAGUGGUACAUCUGGUUGCGAACGGGAUCCGUUCCGGAGCCCCGUUCAAAACAUGAGCAAAACGCAACCCACAUCUGCGUGUCUGCGCGUGCCGCAAUUCGCCGCUUCUGCGCAUGACGUCAUUUUGAGCGUCUGCGCAUGCGUGAGCGGCGAAACCGGAAAGUAACCCUUUCCAGUACUUCCGGGUCUCCGCGGGACGCAACCUGAAAAGACGUAACCUGAACCGAACGUAACAAGAGGUAUGACUGUAGAAUAAAAAAUAAAUAUGCGGUUAUGAUGACCACAGGCUAAGAUGUCUUUAAAAGCUGAUUAGGGCUAAAUGGGACCCUCAAGAUUUCAUGCCACUAAAUAGUUACAAGCGGAGGCUGGCAACAGCCAGGGAGAAUGAUCACCUUCAUAGACCUGCCUGUAGGCCUAUUAGAUGCACCUGCCUGCAGGAAAGCUGGCCUAGAUAGGCCUUUCGUCUGAUCCAACAGGUUUCUUCUUACCUCCUUCAUUUCUACUGAAAUUCUCCAAGUCACUGUCUUUCAACCUAAUGUGCCUCAGAAGGUUGUUUUGCGGAUAAAAUGGGGAAUGGAGAACCCUGUACACCGCCUUUGAGUUCCUUGGGAGGAAAAAGUUGGUGGGUAAAGAAAGAAAGAACGAACAUUUUACAAGUGGCGCAGUGACAAAAUUCAUGCUACAUCUACUUCCUUUGAAACCGUUGCUUCGUGCGUUAUGAAAUAUAAUACACAGAAAAAAGAGAUUGCUAUAUAAAUACGAUUUACCAAAGAGAAAAUAAUCCCCUUUUAAAAAAGAGAUUUUUUUAAAGGGGGGGGUGGAGAGAAACCUACAGCUGUUUAGAAUAGGGCAUAUAAUUCAGAAAAGGAAAGAUUUUUACAGUUAUCAUGACUGCAGCUAAAGAGGAAGUACAAUACAGAAUGAUUACUAUGAUUAUCAUUAAUUAUACCCCGCCCAUCUGGCUAGGUUUCCCCAGCCAGGGCAAAGGAAAGUAUGUUCGUGGGAAGGAGCAAGGCAAGAUUUGAAUGCAAAAAAAAGAUAUUCCCAAACAACAAGAUGAGAUUGUCGUCAUUCGGAGGGGGCGGGGGGUUGAGAUUCCUGUGUCCUUAAACACACCAGAAAAUCAACAGGUACAAAUUUCACACGGGGCAGGUGGGUGGGAGGGGCCGGAAUAGGGUGCAAAAAACUUCCAGCGGUUGAAUUCCUGCCCUGUUCGGAAACUCCCACCCAACCUUGUAAGCUGCGAAGAGGCUGCGAAGUGGAGCAGAGCGCAACGAAGCGGGAGAAGCAGGAGCAGAAAGGAAGAGAAAUUCGCCGCGCAAGGCGGAAAGAGAUGGAAAGGGGCGACGACCGAGAACGCGGCGGGUCACGCGCGCGGAGCGUUGCGCAAGCAAGGGAGCCAACGGCGUCGCGCAAGCGCGUCCCUCCUCAGCCCGGACACUACCCGCCCGCCCGCCCGCCCGCGAGCGCGCCCCCCUACCCUUCUGCUGGCCGACAACGGCCCAGGCGAAGGCCCGGUUCUGACACGGGCGGAGCGGCCCGCCCCGGCGUUCAAUCACAGCAGCGGCACGAGCCCCGCCCUCAAAAGUCGCUCGAAGCUCCCCGAUUCCCUCCUCAUCACGUGCCGCGACUUACCCAAUAGGAACGAGAUUUCCGCUUUGGAACGCUCUUCCUUCAAGUCCCGCCCCUCUCAUGGCAACUGCUUCUGCUCCGGGUUGGCGGUGGGCGGAGCUUGAGGGGGGCUGGGCUUUGCGCCCGGCUCUGUUCCAACCAGUGAUGGGACCCGCGGGGCGUGUUUUGGGGGACGGACAAAUCGCGACUGGGGGGACUUAAUGGGUGUUACACACACGCGCGCGCCAUGGUCCUCGUGAGUCUUCGGUGGCGGCAGCUGCUGCAGAAGUUGCGCGUCGCUAUUCCUCUCCCACCGGCUGGGCGUUUGGCGCCCGCUCCGGUCAGGUUUUGGCACGCCACUGGCGCCAGCUAUCGGCUCCCGGAGUCUGGCCAUGGGCCCGCUAAGGGAAGGAGGGGUUGGGACGGCAACCGGAGCAGCUGCGGAGCAGGGGGCGACGAGGAGGAAGAUGAGGACGGGCUGGACAUAGAUGAAGAUCUGCUGGAACCGAGCCUGCCCACUCUCCCUCUUGACGCCCAGAAAGUGUUCAUUGUUCAUCCAGAUGUGAAAUGGGGGCCAGGCAAGCCGCAGCUGACCACAGGUGUGAUGCCAGACGUCAGGCACAGCCACACAAGAAAGGUGGUGUGUCUGCAACGCAGAUGCGCCCAGCUUGCCCUCCUGUGUGUUGUACUCGCGCAUGGAGUAACGGUGUUGGCAACCAGGCAUAGAAACCAGCCCAAGUCAUCACAAGUCAGCUGCCUCUCAGCCUCACCUACCUCUCAGGGGAUUAAAUGAGAUGGGGUGGAGGACAUCCAUGCACACCAUCUUGAGCUCCAUAGGGAAAAGGGAGGGAUAUAGAGGCAAUUAUUGUUAAUAAUACUGUUACGGUGACAUGCAUUAAGCUGAAUUUGGGGUGACUUCUGCACGGGUUCAUGGGAUUUUGAGCACAUGUGAAACUGACUUGGAACAGAAACAGACUGGUGUCUCCAUCUCUAGACGUGACAUUGCCUCUAACUUAAAAGGGGUUAACAUUCCAAGAUUUCAUUUCGUAGAUGUACUUUUCAUUAAAACUGUGUGUUUAUGGAUAAACAGAUCUUGAAAAUGGAUGUUAUUAUGUGACUAGAACUGUAUUUGUAUCAUUUUUCUCUCCCAAUUAACAGCUGAACUACAACUAGCUGAGGCUGCUGCUCUCAUAAACACCAUACAGAACUGGACAGUUGUAGAUAAAAUAAUCCUUUCUACAAAAGUUCCUGACAAGAAAUUUAUCUUUGGCAAAGGGAAUUUUCAGCUUCUGACUGGUAAGACAAUACCCGUAGGAAGCUUUGAAGCUUUUUUCUUUUCUCCUUUAAUGCUUCACAUUAUCAUUUUCAUAAAAUGAAACGAAACCCCGUGGUAUCUAACCAUAAGAUUUAUAUACUAAUUUAAAUACUACAUGUUCUAAAUGGGGGGGGGGGGUUUGAAUGGCUAUAACUUUGAAAUAUUUCACUGUGACUGUUUCAGUGAAAUGUUUAGGUUUGCUAUAAUAAAUAAUAACAGUUGACUGUACAUAAUGGACUGGUUCAGUUAUAACUCUCUUUAACCUGCAGCUUAUUAAAUUCUGAGCAAGCUUUCUGCAUGUGUACUACCCGCUUACCCCUUCCCCUCAUGCACCAGCUGUUGCACUUCUGUUGUUUUCUAAUGCACCCAAAUUGGGGGAACAGAUUAAUAUCCAUAUACAUUAAUCCAACAUCAGAUACUGGUAGUAGUUCAAGUAUAAUGCUAUAAUCUGGCUAUGUGCAAGAGUGAGUCAGAUGUUUUCUUAGCAAAUGACUGGUGCUGAAACUCUUGCCUUACCUGAGGGUGUGAAUUGUCCCUAGGAAUGUGAUUGAUGAGUAUUUGUAGGACACUGCAGAGGGAGUGGGUGCCUGCCCUGCCAGUCCUUGAGAAAUGCCUAAAAUGCAGGGCUACUAGUUCACUUUUUAUAAAAAAAAGUCACUGUUACAAAAUUAUGUAUCUCAAUACUUUUCUUUUAGAUAAGAUUAAAGGACUGUCAAACGUAUCAUCUGUCUUCGUAAAUGUUGAAAGGCUUUCUCCUCUAACAAAGGUAAUCCAAAGUUUUAUAUUUAAGCUAACAAGUCUUCCUUCGUGGUUCUGGAAUGUUUUUAUUAUAUUGAUAUAAUGUGAAUGUAGCUAAGAAUCUGCAUAAAUCAUUGAUUUAGUAGUAGUCCAGAAGUCCAGUAGUCGAGAAAUAACUCUGAUUUUAUUCGCUUGCUGUUGAACGGGCUAAGUAAACCUGCAUAGGAUUGGACUAUGACAGAGUAUGAUGUUUGCUUCAUGGCUAAACAUCACUAAAAUUUACCUAAAUAUGUUUCCAUAUUCCAUGUGUUAUUGCCUUUUCAUGCAUCAGUUUGUAAUAUACACAUGAAAAACUGGACUAGGCAUUCUCUUACUUGCACCUCAAAUACUUCCUUGUGAUGACAUUUCCCCUCUGUAGCAUAAAUACAGACCACACAAUGUUGUAAUGCAGUAGUUUACUCAAUCCACUCCACUAGGUACCAGCUGCUGGUGGGAGCAGGGAAACUCACAAUGCAAUAGUGCCCGGUGAUAUGCUACAUAUUCACACAUGCUACGCCAGAGAAGAGGAAACUCAUCAUAGGUGGUGACUUGGGUAUAGGUGAAACCAUGUCUAGAAAGGCUUAUGGAGCAUAGAGCCUUCUUCAGAAUAUAUUGCUCCUGUGUUGUCCAGCAAAGGGCCAGGGAUACAUAGACCUCACUCCCAUGCCUUUGCAUUAACAACAUGACUGUGUGCUGAUAAGAAACUUUGCACAAAGCCUUCUAUGCAGUCCAGAAGUCUGUGCAGUUCAGUUUCCAGGUCACAUAGAAGCCUUUGCACGUACAGCUGUACGUGUGAAGGGUCUGUUGGUACAGAUAGUUGUGUUGUUCGCAUGAAGCUAUGGGAUGAGGCUACUUGGUCCAUCCCCAUUCCAGGAGUGACAUCUUCUAUAUCAGAGGGCUAUAAAUAUGCAGGAAAUGAAGCACGAGGUUUUGCUUUUGCCACUUUCAGUGGUGUGAGCUGUUCCGAUAGGUUUUACAAUCAAGUCCUUAAAGCCAUUAGAUGCUACUUUUACAGCAGUACAUUGUUAAAAUUCUGAAUUCCAUCAAAUUCACAGGCAAUAUAAAAACCUUCAGUUUAUUUUAUCUUUUAAAAGAAAGAACUUGAAGAAGCCUGGCAAGUGAAGGUCUUUGACAGAUACACAGUCGUCCUUCAUAUUUUCCGCUGCAAUGCUCGAACAAAAGAGGCAAAGCUCCAGAUAGCAUUGGCUGAAAUCCCACUUCUAAGGUACUUGAAGCAAUGCACAUUUCAUGUUAGUAUCUGAACAGAAAGCAGAAACGCUUUCAGAUAAUAACUUAAAAUCGACAUGCCUCUUGUGUAAUAUACUGAUAGAUGUAGUUAACGACAUUACAAAGCUUAGAUCAGUCUUUCCCAGCCUGGUGCCCUCCAGAUGUUUAGAACUACAAUUCCCAUCAGCUACAGCUACAACAGACCAUGUUGGCUGAAGCUGAUAGGAGUUGUAGUCUGAAAUAUCAAUAGAACACCAAACUGGGGAAGACUGGUUUGUAUGCUUUAUUUGAAAAAAUUAUAAAAUAUAACAUGGCAGCUUACAACAUAUAAAAGCAGCUUUAGCAGUUAGCUUUUUUUGGCAAAAGUUAUAUACGUGGAUUUUUUUUUUUUAUCAUUACAGUUUUUUAUGAGUACUUAUUCAGCACUUCAUCUCCUUUCAGGGCUGUGUAUGUAGUUUUCAGAAGUUCUGAGACCCUUAACAUGCUUUUUUUAUGUGUGAAAGCAUCAUCAGCAUAGUACCAUAAAACAGAUUUCUUUGCCAAUGAAAGUAUUACUGUAUGUUUAAACGAUCAGAAAGAAUCACAGACUGGCCCUGAUCUUAGCUAAUGUUAAUUAUGUGUAAGAUUACAGUCCUAUGCCAACUUAGCUGGGAGCAGGUGCUGUCAAACUCAGUGGGGUUUAACCUCUGGCUAGGCAUGUAUAGGCUUGUGCUUUAAAGGUAAAGGGACUCCUGACCAUUAGAUCCAGUCGUGGCUGACUCUGGGGUUGCGGCGCUCAUCUCGCUUUAAUGGCCGAUGGAGCCGGCGUACAGCUUCCAGGUCAUGUGGCCAGCAUGACUAAGCCGCUUCUGGCGAACCAGAGCAGUGCAUGGAAACGCCGUUUACCUUCCCGCCGGAGCGGUACCUAUUUAUCUACUUGCACUGGUGUGCUUUCAAACUACUAGGUUGGCAGGAGCUGGGGCCGAGCAACGGGAGCUCACCCCGUCGCGGGGAUUCGAACCGCCGACCUUCUGAUCAGCAAGUCCUAGGCUCUGUGGUUUAACCCACAGCGCCACCCGCAUCCCUAGGCUUGUGCUUUAGGUCUCAUUAAAAGCAAUGGUAUUUACUUUAACUCCAACUAACUUGCAUUGGUUUCAACUAAUUUAACUGAGUUGCAUCCAUUGUAACUUAACUGUCAAUAGACUUUUAUGGCCACUGAAAGGCAUAUUAAUUUUUUUAUCCCUCAGGACCAAUGUAAGAAAUGAUGUCAAUCGGUUGGAUCAGCAGAGAGGUGGCUCAAGAUACAUUAUGGGUUCAGGUAGGCUGCAUUUAUUGUGGAAAUUAAUAGUAAAAAAACUCCAUCACUAUUGCAAUCAAGGGCUUUGAUGCAAACACUGAUUACCACUCACAAGCAGUUUGUCUUUAUGGAACUGUUCUUGUAAUGAUUCCUUUUGAGCCAUGCAUAUGAAACACGUUCGCUUAGACUUGGUUCUGUGGAUUCUCCAGGAAAAUCUGUGGCCUGGUUAGCACAUAAUACUAAUCUCUAUACCAUAGCUAAGCAUGAAUUGCUGCUGCCUUGCUCUUCCUCCGAUUCUGCUGUUGCCAUGCUACCUGGAGAUAAGCUGUGGUUUGGUUUGGCGUUGCAUCCAAAUCCAACUCAUGGUUUGUGUCCCGACAAAGCAUGAGCUAAAGCCAAGCUUUUUUUCUUGGCUUACCCGUGGCUCUUUGUUUACCAUGACCUUGGGUUCAGAAAUAAUGUCAAGCCAAAACCAUGGCUUAGCUCCAGGUAGCAGGACAGUAGCUGGAGGAAUGAUGCAGGUGUGAUGUCUGCUCUGAAUACCCACAUACUUGCCUACUCAUGAUUUGGCUUAGCAUUAUGUGAGAACUGGGGUAAGAAUAAAAGGGAGUCUGGCAUCAUUUUUACAGAUCUUUCCUGAAAAAGGCAUGCCUGUGCUAGUAUGUUCAAGGUUAAAGUCUAUUCUAGCUGCAGUAGGCAGGUGUGGCAGUCAUGUUCAAUGUUCUAUACAUCUAAGCAAUACAGUGGUACCUCAGGUUACAAACACUUCGGGUUACAGACUCCGCUAACCCAGAAGUAGUACCUCGGAUUAAGAACUUUACCUCAGGAUGAGAACAGAAAUCGCGCGGCGGCGGCAGGAGGCCCUGUUAGCUAAAGUGGUACCUCAGGUUAAGAACGGUUUCAGGUUAAGAACGGAACUCCGGAAUGAAUUAAGUUCAUAACUAGUUACCACUCUAUACACACUUUUUAUUGUGUUCCACCAACUGCUGAAUCCUUCAUAUCCCUUCCAAAAUUUUAUUUUCAUAUACAGUGGUACCUCCGGUUGUGAACGGGAUCCAUUCCGGAGGUCCGGCCAAAGUUUUCUCAACCAGAGAGACCUCUUCUGCGCAUGUGCGUGCAGCAGUAGACCACUUCUGCGCAUGUGCGAGUGGCGAAACACUUCCGGGUUUGCCGCUUUCGCAACCCAAAGUUUACAUUACCCGAGGGUAACGUAACCCGAGGUUCCAGUGUAUAUUAAAAUUCUUUAUAUUAUCAUUACUGAUGAUGGAAACUGUUAUAUUUUAACAAAAAUGAUACAUGACUUUUCAGAUUGUUUCCAGCUUUUAUUUUUACUGUUGUGUGAUUAUUUUUUAAAAAUAAUAAUUUUGCAAAGACUUAAUCUUUGGUGUCACCCUUGUUUCCCUCAUGUGUUCCAAAUGGGUGAUUUUUGCUUUGCUGCUACUUGCUUUUCAGGUGAAACGUUCAUGGAAGUGCAACUUCGCCUCUUAAAAGAAAAGGAACUAAAAAUUCGAAAAGCACUAGAGAGGCUUAGAAGAAAAAGGCGCUUACUCAGAAGUCAAAGAAGAAAGUCAGAGUUUCCUACUAUUUCAGUAAUGGGCUACACUAAUUGUGGUAGGGAACAGCACCACAAAUGCUUAUGUUGCUAGUAUUUAAGUACUUGCCGGAAAUUCAUGUAAAUGUGAAGAGAGCUUUGUGUAAGGAAGUAUUAAUUCUUGGACUGUAACAUGUAUCCAUGCCAGUUGUUCUCAAGAAAACAAAGUGCUUUUUUGUUACUUAGUAGGGUUUCCCGCAUAGCUAAAAUCCUUGAUAAAUGGUAGUGCCUAAGCCUCUUUUCAAAGUUUUCACAUUCUGCAUUUGCCAUGUGUGGAAGGGGAUUCCUGAACACCCAUCUGUGUUUAUUGCGUAGUAUUAUUUCUGAAAAUAACUUACAGGGAGUAGCAGAUCCCACCACAAGAUAGGUGGAGCCUGAUAUGUAGGAGAAAAAGAAUUGAAAACUGCAGAGAUUUCAAGGACCACUAGAAAAUAAGACAGAAGGAGCGAAAGUGCACUAAAGGGGAGGGGGAAAUACAAGCUGUUUAGGACCUCGGGGUUUCCUCUUACUGGUGUUGAAACAACCUCUCAUCAAUCACAGCUCUGAUUUCACUCCUUGGCUACAAAUGCUGACAGAUUGAAGCAGCCAGGCUGGCUUAUUUCAUGGAAAGGUGCUGCACACUUAGCUCCAUAGCUUUCUUUGGGGAAGGGAAGGGACUCCAAGCCUGGGACCCCCUACCAGUCACAGACAGACUCACAGGCACACUUCCUUCUGGUCAAAUGAAACCUGAUGGAUCACGGUCUCCUGAACACCUGUCCGUAACACACUGAUGUGCACCGGCAUAUGAAUAGCAUUGAGAUGGUUGCUGGUUUUCUGCUUCUAAAAAUGACAAGCCUCCAUCCCAUUAACUCCGCCCCCCCUUUUAUAAUUGUGGCUGGUUCAGCUUUUCCUUCCUUGAUUUCUGUUAGGUAAAACCACUCUAAUCAAGGCCCUUACUGGAGAUUCAGCACUGCAGCCUCAAGAUCAGCUCUUUGCAACAUUGGACAUUACAGCCCAUGCUGGCCUCCUGCCAUCAUGUCUGACAGUCCUGUAUGUUGACACGAUUGGAUUUCUGUCUCAGCUGCCCCAUGACCUUGUGGAAUCGUUUUCAGCUACGUUAGAAGAUGUAGCCUGCUCAGUAAGUACAACCACCACCGUUCAACAGAUAUGGAGCCUAAAAGCCAACAAACAUAUUUGGGAGAAAUUACUCUUAAGGUGGGUGCAAAUACUGGUCCCCUGGAUACUAGGCACUUGUUUCUGAGGAAUUUAUAGGCUUUUGUUUGACUAACCUAGAGGAAGAGUUGAGGACUGCAACAUACUGUGCUCAAUUUGUAUUGGACAUUGUCAUAAGUGCCGACGCGGGUGGCACUGUGGUCUAAACCACUAAGCCUAGGGCUUGCCGAUCGGAAGGUCGGCAGUUCAAAUCUCCACGAGGGGGGGAGCUCCCGUUGCUCAGUCCCAGCUCUUGCCAACCUAGCAGUUCAAAGGCAAGUCAAAGUGCAAGUAGAUAAAUAGGUACUGCUCCGGCAGAAAGGUAAACGGUGUUUCUGUGCGCUACUCUGUUUUCGCCAGAAGCGGUUUAGUCAUGCUGGCCACAUGACCCAGGGGGGACGGGGGACUGUCUGCAGACAAACGUCAGCUCCCUCGGCCACUAAAGCAAGAUGAACGCCGCAACCCCAGUGUCGUUCACGACUGGACUUAACUGUCAGGGGUCCUUUAUCUUUAUUGUCAUAAGUGAGAACUUUAGAUACAAUUUUUUUAAUCUGUUUAGCAAAAUAUCAUACCUAUGGGGUGCAACUCACCCUGCCCCCGUAAUAGUUCUUACAUUAAUUUCCAAAAACAACCUAGAUAUGCUGAAUUGCUUGCUAACUUCAGCCUUCUUAGGUCUUUCUCAGAAAUAUGUUUAUUUUAAGCCCUCAUUUGUGUUACAUAUGUUAAAUACUACAGAGUGAUGCAAGAGUAUUUGACAAAAGGAGCUUUACAUGGGUGUGGUUUUGGUUCAGUUUUAUCUGGUUGGAGGCAUCCGUUUAGCUUUUUCAAAAGUUUCUUUUUCCUGGUCUAUUUUUCCUCUGUUGUUCCAAGGACUUCCACCUCUAGCCUUAGGAGAAGGUCAAAUUGCUUAGGGUCUAUAGUUAAUGUUAAUAUAUGCUAGAGAUGAAAGCAAUUUCUACUUCUUAGGAAAGUAAACAGGCACUCUAGAAAUUAGCCAAAUAAUACCUCACCUAGAGUUCAGUUUUGUACCUCAUCAAAUAGCAGUAUGAAACACUAGCCUUCUCUCUUACAGCUCUCUUUUAAAAGUCAAAUAACUCAGCACCUUUUGGGGCAUGCAUAUUAUUUGUUACUAGGAUUUAAUCAUACACGUGCGGGAUGUUAGCCAUCCGGAAAGCAACCUCCAGAAGGAAAGCGUGCUAUCGGUUCUCAGGAAACUUAAUCUUCCCAGCCACCUACUGGAGUCAAUUAUUGAAGUUCACAAUAAAGUGGAUUUGAUAAAUAGGUAAGCGGUAACAGAAUGUUAUCGUCUAUAUCUCCCGGCUAUCUCAAUUCUUAAUCAAGUUAAACUAGAGUAUUGCAAUGAGCUGCAAUGUGCCAGAUUCAUUUUCUGCAUUGCUGGCAAAACGCCACGGCCCUGUCAACCUGGACAAGAGCCAAAAGUCAGUGGGUGGAAGCCCUGGCACUCAUGGAAGGGCUUUUGAUCCAUCAGACACCUCCACACUGGUCUGGAAAAUCCUUCCACUCUCUGGAGGGGUACAGGGGUUAGCAGAGGCUUCUGCCGAGUCAAAAGGCCUUCCAUGAAUGCAAGGCGGAUGGUUGGAUUCCACCCAGCAUGGCCAAAAAUGAGACAUUUUCUCUAACUCACAAUGCCAAAUGACUGCUAGGUGGAAUCCAGCGCACAACAGUUUGUGUUUUAUUUAUUUCCUCAGUUUUAAAUGUUAUUUAAAUAUAAAUUAGGUUGUGUCCUUUAAACUGGAUUGACUGGUUUAUGAGUUUCUUAGAAAUAAACCAUUUAAUAUUUACAACCCUCAAAAGAGCUGCUUGCUUUUAAUGAGGCUCAGAAACAUGCAACACUUUGGGAAUUGAAAAGUUGCACUUACAGAAGACCAUAAUGAAGAAAAAAAUAAUUUGUACUACAUUUACAGUGAAGACAGUCGUAGCACCUGAGCUAUGUGAUUGGUUUAAGAGCAAAAGAACCUUGCAUUUACUUCAAUAUUUUUGAUGCUAGAUAGUGGUAGGAACCAGAGUCAACCACAUGCCUGAUCAGGUUUGAAUACCUGAAUUUUACCAUUCUUCUGAUCCUGAUACUCUUGAAUUUUCCCCAAACAAAAUGAUCUUGGAGCUUAAUUCCAGAAUGUUCUUCUUACAUAGAAUGGAAUCAAAAUAUGAGCAUCAUCUUAAUAUGUCUGAAACAUUCCUAGGCCCACAGCAACAAAACACACUGUGUAUCAACUAUAUUGUUUCCUGCUGCCGAGACCUGACUUUCUGACCUCUGCUUUCUUCAAGGUAUCAUCUGGCUGAGCCAGAUGCAAUGGCAGUUUCUGCUCUCCUCGGGCAUGGUUUAGAAGAAUUAAAAAAGGAAAUAGACAGCAGAGUUUUGACAGUAACUGGGAAACACAUUAUGACAAUUAAAAUUGAUCUAUCUGGACCUCAGCUCAGGUAAGGCUACUUACUGGUUGCGGGGUGUUUGUUGUAGAGCAAAUUUGUAUCGAGGAUCUUUUUCAUCAAACGCAGAUAGCUUUUAGGUCUUUCGCCACAGCAAAGUUUUAGCACAUCUUUAAAAAAUAGCUUCAUUUUCCUUGCCAAACCCACAACUUGCCUGUGUUCUGUUGGUUCUGUUGUAACAGUUAAAGCUGAAAGGGUUCCCUUCUUGGUGUGUUGGUUAGCUUUCUUGACCUUGAGUUUGGUGAAAUAUAUCCUUGGGUGCCACCAGGCCGUUGACUUGUAAUCAUGCUGCUGCUACUACUACAGAACACAUCACCAAUGCUUCCCAUUGACUGUCUAGACUGCAGUCACAGAACUGCUUUGUUUCAAUGUACAGUGGUACCUCGGGUUAAGUACUUAAUUCGUUCCGGAGGUCUGUUCUUAACCUGAAACUGUUCUUAACCUGAAGCACCACUUUAGCUAAUGGGGCGUCCCACUGCUGCCACCAGAGCACGAUUUCUGUUCUCAUCCUGAAGCAAAGUUUUUCCCCCUUUUUUUAUUGAUUUUCACAAAAUUAUAAACACACAAACAAACAUAAAUCAUAACCUUAUUAAAACUAAUCUUAUUAACAUUGUUAAGUGACUUCCUCGUAUCCCCCUAGUUGAAUUUCAGUGCAAAUCAUUUUAACGGUUUUCCAAAUCAAAAUUCUUAUAAACUUAACUUAAUCACUUAACAUCUUUCUUUCUUACCAAUUCAGCAUUAAACAUAUUAAUUCAUCACAUUACAUAUUUAAAUCCUAAGCCUAUCUGGUAAUUGCAAGCUUUUUCCAAUUAAUUUAACUUAGCGUAUUUAACUAAAUAGUCAUUAAAUUUCGUCCAUUCUUCUUGAUACUCGUCCUCCUUCUGGUCACGGACUCUUCCGGUCAGGUCGGCUAGUUCCGAAAAAUCCAUCGUCUCUGAAGCAAAGUUCUUAACCCGAGGUACUAUUUCUGGGUUAGGGGAGUCUGUAACCUGAAGCUUAUGUAACCUGAAGCGUAUGUAACCCGAGGUACCACUGUAGAAGGGAGCUAAGGAGUUCUUAUUCUUCCUAUUGGGUUAGGGAACCCUCGGCUCUACCCUACCACCUUCCUGUGCCCACCUCAUGUGAAGUAUUUACAAGUAUCGUGCAAAGUGAACAGCAAUCCUGAUUUGGAGGAUUUGCUCAGACCAGGGAACUGCUUAUUAAUCUGAGCAUGCAAGGGUAGGAGUGAGUGCAUAAGCACACAGUGUUCCUAAUACUCCAGAGAUUGGUUUUUGUCUGCAUACAGCCAAUGUCUAUAAGGCACUCACUGUUUUCUGCCUUUCUAGUUGGCUCUACAAAGAAGCGACAGUGCAAGAUGUGGAUGUUGUUCCUGAAGAUGGUACAGCCAACGUGAAGGUGAUCAUAAACAAUUCCACUUUGGGCAAAUACAAAAGACUGUUUCCUCGAUCAAGUUAUUCGUCUUGCAGUUAACAAGAUAAAUUAUCUUUGCAGAGAAUCUCUGUUUAAUAGGUAUUACAGAGCUGUUAAAUACACACACACACACACACAGAGAGAGAGAGAGAGAGAGAGAGAGCGCUUUGCUAGAAUAUAGAGCUUCAUCCUGUUUGCUUCAGACAGACCAGGAACUGUUUGCCUUGAAUUGCUGAAGAAGUGUAUUUGUGAAAAUGUCAUGAGACAGUUGCAACACUUUCGGUUUAUGGGGAAUUGCAUAAAACCACCCAUUCUUGGCAAAGUGGCAGAUCUAUUCAAUUGCUUAUAUGCAGGGUUUGUUAUCAGUCAGAAAGCUAAUUUUUAAUCAAAGUGAAUGUUGUUUUAUCAGAAAAGUUGCCGUGAUUUUCCAGACCGCUAAUGCUGCUUUAACUUCUGUGUUACAAUUCCUGACACUUUGUUAAAAAGUACUUACUUAUUUGGAGAAGAAAAGACCCAAAGUUUUAUAUUACAGGCCUGGGCUCCCCUCCUUUAACAAAAAUAAAUAUUUAAUGCCUUCAGGGGAAACUUGAUUGUAGCUCUAUUUUUUUCAAUGUACACUUAGAACUGUUAACACUGACUAGGGAUUCUGGAAUACAUUAGUCAGCCUUUCUGCGGCUGUUCCUUUCUUAUACCCUUCAUAGAAGUAGAUUAGCUUUUUCUGUAACGCUGCUACAUCGUGGUUGAAGUCCACUGCUCUUAUUUAUUCAGUCUGACUCCCUAAGGUUUGCUUUUGGAACAAAUAUUCCCCUUCCUGUUGCCUACCGUGGUAAACAUGAUGCUCUAGCUAAACAUUUUGUUCCUUGUUGUUGUUGUUUAGUCGUUUAGUCGUGUCCGACUCUUCGUGACCCCAUGGACCAGAGCACGCCAGGCACUCCUGUCUUCCUAGUUGUCCCUAAACCAUGAACUUCAAUCACAUUCCUUAUUUUUCCAUAAGUAAGCCUUGAUGAAUUUGGUAACCCUGAACCCUGCAGAAUUUUACAGACUUAGUGUAGCUGAGCACGCAAUCAGGAGUCGCUGUCUCACUUAGCAUGCAGCCUUUUGGGAACUUGAUACAUCUUGGCUUUCGAACCAAGAAGAAAAGCUGCGCUGUCAUGAUUACUUCUUUGUGCGCACGUCUUUUAACAGCUUUCAAGAUGAGCCAAUUCCCUAACUGUGGGAGCCUGCAUUCCUGGUUUUCCAUUUUUGUAUCACCCAUAUUCUCCCAGAUCACAACAGCAUAGAAUGCUGCUCUGCCUGUGGUUGCUGGAUGCCUGUCCCAAACACUCAAUGUUUCACAGUAAUAUAUCCCCCUGGUAGAUUGGAAUGCACAGAUCUUUUAGAGCAGGGCUUUGGGAGAUUGUAUAUUAGUAUAGUGCAAUUACUGCACUAAAUGCUUCCCAGAAAAACUGGGUCUUUUCAUAGAAAUUUCCAUGAAGCCACCUUCGGUUUAUCCAUAUCCUAGCUGCAAGCAAAAUCUUCAGAACAUUCCUGUGAGGUAGGUGGGUUAUUUAUGGUUUUUGUUUCUUCUUUC